AUGGAGUCCCCAUUACGCUCCGCUUUUGUUCAACAAUUCCAACCAUCUGGGUACUUCCCACAGCAAGCACUCGAAGGCUCCAAAAUGACUGUCCUGCUCAGUUCAUCUUACAUCGCUAUUCGGGAAUCGAGUUUUCUCUACGCCGUCGCAUUCGGACUGAAACAGUGUCAGUGUGAACUCACUCCAAUGACAUUGCGAACUGGGAAUGUGGAGUACUUGGCCUCAGUUGAGAUACCUCCUCCUGACUUGACCGGUUUCCCACCGUCAGCGGUACCCCUAAGUUUCAUCGUCCGCAGUCAUGAUUGCAUACAUGCUAUGGACAUUGGGCUAUUCAGUUACGGCCCUAUGAUCUCUAUUCCCCGACUUGAAAAUACAUCUACACUAAGUUCUACUUGGUCCUCGGACGUUUCCCCUACGUAUACUGAACCCCUUCAACUGCACCAGCCAAGUGAAAUAGAUCUGCAGUGCGAGUUAAAUAUGGGCCUCUUAGCGCGGCCGUUUACUAGUUCGUUUGCGGUCGAUGGGCAACAGGGGUUUGGAACUCAUCUGGACACCUCAGAAACAGACGCGAGAUAUCUGUUGUGCCAUGGACAAGCUCCCUCCAACGAGGGUAAUCCUAAUAUGGCUACGCAUGUAAUGGAUCCAGGGGAUACAUCCAUUCUGGCCGGGCUCUGUAUAGGGUGUUCGGGUCUACCGACUACUGAUACCUUGGGCUCGCCACACCAGGCUGCAUGCUUAAGCCCACGGAAAAUGGCAAUUAAAAUCGAUGGAGAUCUCAAUAGUCUGACUAAAGAUUGGUCUGCGGAGGAACUCAAGGCCAAUAGGCGUCUUGUGGACUUCCAUUGCUCUAUAGGUGCAUCCAUGAUCAGUAUCAAGUUUUCAAUUCACGACACGGAGAAGGGCGGAAAACGCUCUUGUGGCUGUCUCAGUUGUAUCUACUGGCCGAAGAGAAGGCAAUGUGUAUUCACGGGCACUGAUAUCCUUACCCUCCUAGAAGCGAUAUUCUGCAUCCAAUUUACUGCUGCAGAAAAGAACCGAAUCCGGCGGAACCUGGAAAUCUUUGAUCCUCUCACCAUUCACGGUGGUGACACAGAUACACGAGAACUUUUUAAUAUUAUUAUGGGGUUUGGUAGCUCUCAGCCUCGCCAUAUUCGCCGAAGCAUCAAGGUGUUGUCAUGGGACAAACUCGCGGGCGCGCUAAGGAAAGGGGUCGGUAAAGUUUGGAAAUCCUACAGCCUUUCAACAGAAGCCUGCUACGCGCCACUAGCUUCGCAGAGCCACACUGACAGUCUCGGGUGCCUGUUUCUUCAGGAGUCAUACCAGCCACCACGCAGACAGUUGGUCGAUGAUAACCGCAAUACAGGGGCAUUCGACACGAGAGCAAGCAGCGCCAUUGCUCAAGGUGCCUCCGGUAAUACAGCUGGUAAACAGGAUUUCAUUGAUGACACUGCGGAAUCUUGGCCCCCCUGGCAGUUACUGGGCGCAUAA